UGGAACUCCACGGCCUACGGCCUGCCGUCGCCCUACGACCGGGAGCAGGCCGGCUCCAUCCUGCCCAUCGCGCUGCAGUUCCUCACGCCGGCCUACAUCUCCGUCAUCGGCAUCGGCGCCGUGGCGGCCGCCGUCAUGUCCUCCAUGGACUCGGCUCUGCUGUCCUCCGCCUCCCUGUUCUCCUCCAACAUCUACAAGAACAUCAUCCGGAAGCAGGCGUCGGACUACGAGAUGCAGUGGGUGAUCCGGAUCUCGGUGGUGGUGGUGGGGCUGGGCGGCACGGCCCUCACCUUCCUGGACAACAGCGUGCUGGUCUUCUGGCUGGUGGGCGUGGACAUGUCCUACACCAUCAUGUUCCCGCAGCUGGUGUGCGUGCUCUUCUUCAAGGUGUCCAACGGCUACGGCGCCUCCGUGGGCUACAUGCUGGCCUUCCUGGUGCGGGUGCUGAGCGGCGAGCCGCUCAUGGGGCUCCCGCCCGCCAUCAAGUUCCCCGGCUGCCGGCCGGACAAAGAGGGGAAGAUGACCCAGUACUUCCCCUUCCGCACGCUCAUCAUGCUGGUCUCGCUGGUGUCCAUCCUGCUGUUCUCGUGGCUGGCCUCCAUCGUUUUCAACAAGGGCCUGCUCUCCGAAAAGUGGGACGUGUUCGACAUCCGGCGCAAGAGGAAACAAACGGCCCGGGCCGCCGGCGUCAAGAUGGCGCCCGGCGGCGAGGACGCCGCGGCGGGGAAGCAGCUGCUGGACACGACCAGCUGCUGA